AUCAUCCCUUCAUCCUUGAUUAUGUCAGCUUCUUCACUGUAACGUUGUAACAGUCUCGCUGGCAUCUUUUAGACUACUUAUUCUUUUGCUUGAGAUAUCCUGCAUGCAUGAGUACCCACAUCGAAUGUUAGUUAGCCUCAACGUCCAGACCAAUCGAGCAUCAUGUGGAGCUCGUUGUCAUCAAUGUCGGGCUCACGCUCUCCCACGCUCAUGUCUAGCGCAUAUCUCCAUAACUGACUAGUCUGCCGUAGUCCGCGACAGCCCCGGUUUCAAAACUUCUGGCUAGUCCUGGCAUCCAGUACAGUUGCUAGCGCUCUUGCGCACUAGCCUGCACCUUAGCUCCCAUAGCCACUGGUAUCCAGGUAGCUCAAUUUCCAUCCCUAGUCCUCUUCGCCCCCUCUUAAUCCUCGAUAUACCUCUAUCCACUCAGCUACACUCUCCCUCCACACUAAUCAUGGUCCGCUCCAAUAUCUCACCAAAUGACCCCGUAGAAGAACAACCCACAAUCGGUUUGAUCGGAAUGGGUGCAAUGGGCGCUAUGUACGCGAAACACCUCUCCAACGCAGGAUGGAAAAAAAUCAGCGUCUGUGACAUUCCCGACAAAUUCGACUCCUUGAAACAACAAUAUGCAGACGUUCCUGGCAUAACCGUCCAUCCAGAUGGACACGCAGUUUCCAGAAUUUCAGACUUCAUAAUGUACUCCGUGGAAGCCGAGUAUAUCGACCGUGUAGUCGCACAGUAUGGCCCUUCAACCAAAGUCGGCGCAAUCGUCUCGGGUCAAACAUCUGUCAAAGCACCCGAGAAACUCGCAUUCGAGAAAUAUCUCCCUCCGGACGUCCAUAUUGUAUCCCUCCACUCUCUCCACGGUCCAUCUGUUUCCCCUGAGGGUCAACCCCUGGUUCUCAUACAACACCGCGCACCAGACUCCUCUCUUCACAUAGUCGAAAGCAUCUUCCGCUGCUUCGGCUCACGCUUCGUAUAUCUGACAUACGAAGACCACGACCUCGUUACCGCCAAUGUCCAAGCGGUCACCCACGCCGCAUUCCUCACCAUGGGCACAGCCUGGGCUAGCCAGCGCUCAUACCCCUGGGAACAAGGCCAAUACGUCGGCGGCAUUGAAACCGUCAAAGUAAACAUCAUGCUCCGCAUCUACGCAAACAAAUGGCACGUCUACGCAGGCCUCGCCAUUCUCAACCCCUCCGCGCGCAUCCAGAUCGACCAAUACGCAUCCUCCGCAUCCGCCCUCUUCAAACUCAUGCUCGAAGGCGACGAACAAGGCCUCCGCACGCGCAUCUACCACGCACGGGAACAAGUCUUUGGCACAGCCGAAGCGGAUCGCGUUCCCAUAUUCCUUACUGAGGAUGUCCUUGAUCAGUUCACUAUUGGCGGUAAUCCGAAGCUGAAUGGCAGUCCGACAGGGACGACAGCGCCCCCGUCGAAUUCGCACCUCGCGCUCCUCGCGAUGGUAGACUGCUGGGCCCACCUCCAGAUCCAGCCUUUCGACCACCUCGACCUCGCAGCGACCCCUAUUUUCAGGAUGUGGAUCGGUGUGGCAGAGUACCUCUUUCGGUCGCCGAAACGGCUGGACGCCGCUAUUCGUUCAGCGGUGUACGACGUCACGCACCGGUCGGACGAUUUGGAAUUCGUUGUCGCCGCGCGCGGGUGGAGCCAGUGUGUGUCGUUUGGGAGCUUGGAGUUGUAUAAACGGCGGUUCUUGGAGACGGCGUCGUUUUUUGAGAGUAGGUUUGAGGAGGCGAGCGCUAUUGGGUCGGAGAUGAUCAAGGCGAUUUCGCAGAGCUAGGCGCGUGUCGGGAAGUUGUUUUUAUGCAAUUUUUAUGUUGUGUUACUGUGAC